UGGUUUGGCCUCUUCACUGUGCUGGACUGAAUAGGAACAUUGGAUGGUACCACUGAUUGUUUAGUAGCAGAUAAAGAUGAAGCCGCUGUAUCUUUUUCUCCUCUUCACCCUGCAGAAAGUUCAUGGCACUGCUGUUUUCUGCCCAGAAGCAAGUGACCUCAGUUCUGACGAGCUUCUGAUUGGUUGUCUGGGGGUGCGGUUCACCUGGCUGUACGCGGUGUUUGAUGACCUGCGGUCGGUUCUGGAAUUCACGGUCAGUCUGCGGUGUGAGACCGGACUCUGUCCCGCGGACAUCGACAAUCACGGACAUUACUGCAGCAACGCAAACACACGGGACACCGCGCGCAAACACGUACAGCCUGCCGACACACUCGACCGGUGUUGUUUUACCCACUUGAGAUGUUCUCAAGAGCUAAAGGAGAGAAACUGCAGUCGGAGGAUACCAACAUACAACAACUACACCUGCAGCUACAACUCCAGCUGUGAUAUGUUGGAUUUCUGUGAGGAAGGAUUCUGUCAUUGUGAUCAGAUGGUUAUAGACUGCAUCAGCUCCAACCAUCCAGUCACAAAACAGGUUGGAGGCAACCAACCAAUCACAGCACAGACAGACUCUCCCUUUGUGACGGAUUUACCUGAUAAUGAUACCAAUAUUAGUGACAUGGUCAAUGGAACCGACAGGGCGGAGCUUUCUCCAUCAGACAUCGACAUGGACAUCAUGUUCUAUGGAGUUAAUGGCACACUGAAUGAGACUAUGACUAACUUCAACAAUGAGUUGGUGCUGGUUAACGGCUCUCAGAGCAGCAAUAUCCAGAGCACAAAGUACCCUGGGAUAUAUCAGUCAGGUCCAGAGGAAGAGGGGAAUGAAGCAGCGGAAAGAGAAAUGGACAGAAACUCAGAGGGAGGAAGUAUAGUUGAGAGUGAGGGAGAGGAGGCAGUGGAAUAUGAGGAUGCUACUGCUGUGCUGUCGACAAAAGAGCUGGGCAGAGACAAACAGGAAGAAAGCCCUACAACCCACAAUGCAAUGGUUUGGAGCACAAACAGUGAGCUGACUACUAACAUAGCGCUAACAGCAACAACAGAAUUACAGACUGUCACAGAAUCACCAGAUAUACACACAAACACACACACUCCUCACUAUACAACCCACACAACACCAACAACUCGCACACAAUCAUCUGAGGAGGAGGACGACGAGAGUGAUGAAGACGCACUUCAGUCACCUGCAAGCAACACUUUAAAAUCUGUCACACACACACCAGCACAUACUACACACACAUCCGGUACACACACUACAACUAAUGACCUAAGUUACAUCGCCAAACCAUAUGUCAGCCCACCUUUACACAUCACAACAGAGGAAACGAGUGAUGAGUCACAAGAGGAGAGAGAAGAGGAACAGGAAAUGACAGAGAGUGACAUAGCCACAGAAGGACAUUCAACAAAAGCCAGUCAAAGCCCUUCUAUAGCUCUGAUGACCACACCCACUAAAAUAACAACCAAUCAAUACUCACAUCACAAAACAACCCUUUCAACAGCUACCAAUAAACGCACAGUAGCUGCAACUACUUUGGUGCAGCGCACAUUAAUGAAAGGAAGUGAGGAAACAGAGAUAUUGGAGAAGAAGAGUGAGGAAGAUAAAGAGAGUGAUUUAAUUGGCGACUCUAGCACAACCAAACCGACAACUCAAACACAAGCCAACACAAAAAGUAAGGAAUAUCUACAAAGUGAUAAAGAAGAAGAUGAAUCGGUGGAAACCCAAACUACUGUGACCCCAUUCGGGUUCGGAGAGGUCAGUCCAUUCACAUGGAUCAUUCCAGCACUGUUCCCUAAACCUCACAGCAACUCACCAAGACCGACAGCUCACACAGCUGCAAAGCCAACAAAGAACCACAAGAACACAUCGACGGCUCCUCACAAACCCACAACGUCAGGCCUCUCUGCUGGUGAAAUCACGCCUCGUCCCCAAAAACCUCCUGCUCUGGAUCGUGCACCGUCACUGACCACUACAGCUCAGCAGGAGUCUGCCGAGGAAGAGGAGAAGGAGAAAGAGGAAGAGAAUGAGCCAUCUGACAGCUCACAGGAAUCAGAGAAAAUCGAGUCUCACCGGGUCCGGAGACGCUCGGCGCCGCUCUUUGCCUGGUCUUUAUUGGAGGAUGCUGGACUGUCAGAUCUGCAGCAGCAGCACGGAGACUCUGAAGAGUGCAGCACUUCUUUCCUCCAGUACAGUGCAUCCGGUCAGGUGUUGAGGGACAUGUCUGCGCUGGGAGAAAUGCUGUACUGUCUGACCGGACGAUGUCCUCAUGAGUAUCAACACUACGGCUGCUACUGCGGACAGCAGGGGACAGGAAACCCAGUGGACCAGAUGGACCGGUGCUGUUUUCUGCAGCAGUGCUGUUUGGAGCAGCUCGUUGUUCUGGGCUGCAGGAAAAACCGAAAACUCAGCGCACACAUCAGCUGCCACAAUGGAAAGCCUCGAUGUUCAGGUGUGAGUGUGUGUGAUCGACUGCAGUGCGUCUGCGAUCGAUCAACUGCAGAGUGCAUGGCGGCUUCCCACUUCAACCAUUCGGUCACCUCCUCGUGUUCUGGGCCCCGCCCACCGUGCCGUCGUAAUAAGCCUCAUUCUUCAACACAAUCAGCCAGUCAGGACUCCAGCGAGGAGAGCGAUGAAAAGAGCCCAGCUCGGCCUCAAAUGAACUUACAGAACCAAUCAAUCAAACAGCCACACACACCUGCACUCGACAAAAACCCCACACACAGCAAACCAGAACUGGAGGAGGAGGAGGAGGAAGAGGAGGAGCCAGGAAAGGAAGAAGAAGAAGAGGAAGAGGAGGAGCCAGGAAAGGAAGAAGAGGAAGAGGAGGAGGAAAAAGAAGAAGAAUUGGAGAAGUAGUUCUAUAAUUUUGAUAUUUUCAGGGAGCUCUCAAGAGAAGAAUCAGUCAGAAAGGAUGUCAUGCACAUUUAAUGAAAAGUUAAGCUCAGUCUGAGCUCACUCAGAGUCUAGCGACCACAAAAGAUCACCCAAGAUCUGCUGCUCCUCCUCUGCUGGUGCUUGACCUAAUAAAAGACUGUAUGUAUGCUGGAUCAUAAAUGCCAGCAGUUACAUUUUUAUAUUUCUCAGUAUUUUUUUUUAUCCCCUUUUAACUGAUGUCUGUGUAAUUAAAAAUAAA